AUGUCAAUAAGAAGAAAUAAUUUUCAGAUUGCAACUAAAGUAGAGUUCACAAAUAUCAAAUGCACUUCUCUGGACCCUAAAUUCUUGGAAUUUCAAUAUUGUUAUCUAAAAUCGAUUAAUCGAAGCUACAAGUACAUUUCCCUAAAGACAAAACUUGCUAAUUUUCCAGUUCCAAAGCCAAGGGUAAAUAUUGAAUUGAUGAAGCGAUUCAGUGGCUACAAACCGUUCCUAUACAACGUCACUGUGGACGCCUGUUCAUUCUUGAAGAAUCCCAAAUCAAAUCCAAUUGCAUUGUAUCUUCAUGGGUUUUUUAAGAAUCACUCCAAUAUGAACCACACUUGUCCCUAUGAUCACGACAUAGACAUAGAUCGACUAUCUAUCAGCUCUUUGAACCGUCAUCUAACCGAAGUGUUGCCUUUCCCCAUAGGAGAUUACCUCUUUCAAUCGAACUGGAUAGCCGAUGGAAUAAAUCGUGCUAAUGUGAACAUGUAUUUUACGCUUUCUUGA